AUGGAGGUCAAAAGCAUUAAGCAUGUGAAAUGGAAUCUCGCGAUUAUUUACGUGAUCCCAACCAAGGCCCUGAAACGUAGUCUUUGGAGGGAUCUUGGCAAGGAUGUUUGUAAAAUCUCACAGCCUUGGUUAGCUAUAGGGGAUUUCAAUUCGGUCCUAAGCAGCGAUGAGGUUAUCCAAACUACCUCGUUCAAUGAUCAAAGAAGUAGAGAUUUUGUUGACUGGGUUAAUCAGGAAAGCCUGAUCGACAUGAGAUAUAAAGGACCUACUUUUACGUGGAAAAGAGGAAAUAACUCUAAUACCUUCCGGGGCGCGAGACUGGACAGGGGAUUAUGUUCCGACGACUGGCUUGAUAUAUAUCCUAGUGCGACUAUAUCCCACCUCCCAAACAUUUCGUCUAAUCAUAAUCAAAUAUUGUUGGGGACUACCGAUCAGAAUGGAGCGAGGAACCAACGAAGGUUUCAAUUCCAAGCAUCCUGGACUGCUCGUAAGGAUUUUAUGAAAGUAAUCAAUAACGUGUGGAAUAGCACCACGCUGGCUUUGGUGAAAAAUUGA